CAAGGAACGUCUUUGAGGAAACGGCCAUUGUAGGUGGUAAGACAAGGAAGAAGAAAGGUCUUAAAGAGCAGUGGAAGGCAGGGGCGAUGGUCCUGCAAUAGUCAUUUUACAUUUAUUUACGUUUCCUAUCUGCUGCUUUAGCCUUUGAAUUCGUUCCAGUAUUAUCGGAUAGCUGAGGAAACUGAGAUACGUAACUGAUUCAGAGCCCCUUUCAUCGCUGCACACCUGAUGUCUGCCCAAGCCUCCGCAGGAAGUGUGGCGUCGGAAGCACUUCCUGUUUCGCCGUCCCCCGGGGGUGAGCGAGAGGAGAAGGGGGGACGGGGUUUGGCGGGGAGUAAGUAUGUCAAGUUGAACGUGGGGGGGUCGCUCCACUACACCACCGUCCAGACGCUCUGCAAGGAGGACAGCCUGCUCAGGAGCAUGUGCAAUGGAGGGGUGGAGGUUGCCAUAGACUCAGAGGGCUGGGUGGUGCUGGACCGGUGCGGGAGGCAUUUUGGCUUGGUUCUGAACUUCCUGCGCGACGGGUCCGUGCCGCUUCCAGACUCCCAACGGGAGCUGGAGGAGGUUCUGAAGGAGGCCCAGUACUACGGGGUCCAGGGCCUGGUUCAGCACUGCCUCAACACGGUCAAGAAGCGCACUGACGGGUUCGAGGGGGCCUGCCGAAUACCCAUGAUCACCUCGGCCAAGGAGGAGCAGAGGAUGAUCGCCUCGUGCCGAAAGCCUGUGGUGAAACUGCAGAACAACAGAGGGAACAACAAAUACUCUUACACCAGCAACUCCGACGACAACCUGCUCAAGAACAUCGAGCUGUUCGACAAGCUGGGCCUGCGCUUCAACGGGCGGGUGCUCUUCGUCAAGGACGUGCUGGGGGACGAGAUCUGCUGCUGGUCCUUCUACGGCGAGGGCCGCAAGAUCGCCGAGGUCUGCUGCACCUCCAUCGUCUACGCCACCGAGAAGAAGCAGACCAAGGUGGAGUUCCCAGAGGCCCGCAUUUUCGAAGAGACACUCAACAUCCUCAUCUACGAAAACGGGCGUGGCUCGGGACCGGGGGGCGUGGCCCUCUUGGAAUCGGGCGUGGGCUCCUCGGGGGGCGCCGGCCAAUCGGAGGAGGAGGGCGCCGGGGCAGGGGGCGGGGACCGCCGGGUAAGGCGGAUUCACGUGCGGCGGCACAUCAUGCACGACGAGAGAGGACACGGGCAGCAGACCGUGUACAAGGACUGAGACCGGGGGGGAGGGGCG